GUGGAUCCACGAGCAGGCGAAUCUGCCCAGCAAGCUGCUGCGACAGGGUCCGCCAUUUGUGCCGGACGACGAAGCAAGCACUGAAGAAGGCAAUUCCUCCACCGAGGAAGGUCAGGUCAUCGCUGGCGAGGACGCCGACUCCUCGGCUGUGUCUUUCGAGGACACGCUUCUGAUUUUCGAUUGGGACGACACGGUUCUGCCAUCCUCCUGGGUGCAGAGCCAGGGCCUUCGCCUUGACGAGAGCUCGGAGGUCUUACCCCACCACAGAAAGCAGCUGUUUGAG